UCUUCCAGGGGGGGCAACCACAACUGCUAGGGGGGGCUCAGCCCCCUCUUGCCCCCCCCGUAGCUACGGGGCUGCAGUACCCUCAGUUCUAUCAUUUUUAAAUUUUACCAUGUUGGGAAAAAAUAAAAUAAUGCAUGUCAAGCAUAAAAUUUGAAAAAAAAACACAGAAACUAGAAUUUGAGUCUUUUAUUUUGAAACUUCAAACACCUCCAGAAAGUGACUUGCGAAACGUCAAAAUCGCGUAACCAUCAAGCGUCCCCCUGUCAAACCUGACCCGUGUGAUGUCAACGUUCGCACCUCAGCUCCGCACCAGCUCAAACAAUGGCAUUUCCUUUUCCUCAAUGGAAAGCCAUGGCUCGUUACCAAAAAAACAAUUCGCGAUCGAUAGACCACCGCGUCGCGCGCACCGAUUUGAAAAUGGCCGCCGAUUUGGACAACCUAGAAUAUUACAUCAAAUUUCCCAGUCCAAACUUCAACUACAACCAGCAGAACGGUGAAAGUGACUAUGUUUUUGUGGUGAACGAAGAAAAAAUACCCGUUAUCCUUUUGUUCGGAUGGGCCGGCUGCCAGGAUAAGUACUUGGCCAAGUAUUCGCAGAUAUACGAGGACAGGGGACUGAUUACCUUGAGAUACACAGCCCCCGUGAAAUGUCUCUUCUGGAAACGCCUCCAGAUGAUCACAAUAGGGGAGCGUCUGGUAAAAUUGCUGGUGGACCUCAAUUUCGAAAAUCACCCCAUCAUAAUCCACUGCUUCUCCAACGGCGGCGCUUUCCUGUACCAGAAUUUUUCUCUGGCACUUGAGAAAAGCCCAAAACCUAUACAAAUAAAGGGGGUGAUUUUCGACUCCGCCCCCGGCAAGAGGCGCAUCGUGAGCCUAUUUCGUGCCAUUUCGGCCAUCCUCGGCGGAAAACCUCUCUACAACAUCCCCAUGUCGGUCCUCAUGACCAUGUUCCUGUCCAUGAUAUGGCUUUACGAGGUAAUUAGCAACUAUAUCAACCCCAAGACGACAUUCCAGUCCAACCCUUUAGAGAACUUAAAGAACGAGAAAAACACGUGGCCGCAGCACUUCAUCUAUUCUAAGAAGGACGUCCUGAUUCCGUUCACGGAUAUCGAAUAUUUCGCCGACUAUCGAAGAUCGCUGGGUGUUGACGUCACGAGUCUUUGCUACGAGGGCAGUCCACACGUCAAACACUACACGGAACACAAAGAGAGCUACGUAAACAGUGUAUGCAAUUUUUUAAACAAGUGUCUCAACGGCACAAACUGAAAUUCCCCGACACUCUGUAGUAUCGAUUACACGCAUGUUACCACUUCGUUACGGUUUAGGUUCAUAGGCGCUAUUUUUUUAGAAAUUUGUUAUUGUAUGCACAACUUUGUUAGGCAUUUUGAUCUAAAUUAUGGUGCUAUCAAAUGUAUAUUUAUUUUGACUUAUUAAAAAAUGUGAUCAA